CAACACCGGGAACAAGAUAAGGCGAAAUCAGAAGAGGAGGAAAACAGAACUUCGACCUUCCAUAGCAAAAUAGAAAAAAAAGAGGAGAGAGACUCUAAAAAUAUUCAAAUACAAUGUCGGUGUCCGCAAUAUUCGGGGCUCGAGUCGUAACCAUUCCAUCAGUUUUAAGGACCAGCAGUGUUGAUGGUAGAACCGUGAAAUUGCAACCAUCAACCGGUGGCAGCUGCGGCGGUGGAGUGAUAACAAUAGAGUGCUCGUCGAGGCCGCAGAAGAAGGGAACAGCUCACCACAUGAAGACCCGACCAAAGAAGACAGCCCGUUGGGAUAUAAAACGUGGUCCCGCCGUUUAUCCUCCUCUGCCUCCUCUUCCUGCUGAAUGGACCAUCGUCUCUUCCGCCGUUGAUGAAGCUGAUUCUUCGUCUUCAACUACUUCAUCGAGUGCUGAGAUUGCUCAAUCUGCGUAAUUGUUUUCGUCUGUGUUAAUUAUGUUUUGUGUAUUUUGUUAAAUUAUGCAUAUGAACUGUUUGAUGAAAUGCUUGUUUGUGUAAUCUGUUGUUGCUAAUUUGUCAUGGUAUAUGAAUGGAUUUGUUAUGUUUUAUCCAAA